GAUCUUCUUCAUCCCAUCUCCCUACAUGAUUUUCUGUUGUCCGUGUUGAAAAAGCUGUGCAUCUCGUCCUGUCUAACCUGCCGCUCCCACGCGCUCCCCCACACUGCAUUCACGCGGACUUGGUGAAUCUCCCGAAGUACUGGCCAACACGCUGUAGGAUCGGUCUCGAUGUCUCUUCCACCUUGGAUUUCUGGAAACAAGCACAAGUCUUCGGCCCCUAGCAAUGGCUUUCUGUCUGCUACGGGCAAGGUCCGGAAUCCGAAGAAGCCCAAGGCGCGUCCUCCCAAGUCGCUCCGAGAGACUGUACUCUUACCGGUGAGGUCGUUGCCAGCAUAUUCUGGGCCUUACUCUGUAGGAACUAUGGAAAUAGAAAUACCAGUCGAGGAGCCACGGACUUUCUCCAACAUCACACGGAAGGGAAAUCAUCUUCUGCAGUUGAAAACUGUGCUUAUGACAAUAUACUAUCCAGCUUCUCCUCCGCAAAAGAAACGCCCGUCACGACAGUUAUGGCUGGGCCGACCGCGAAUGAGUAUGGCGGGAGGAUAUGGUCACUUCUCAACUCUUGGGCCUUUGGGUGUUCCGAUAUUUCUACCGACGAUGUUCACAAAACUUCCUGCUUUCCGAAAUGCACCGUUAUCUUCUCAAUAUCCUCCGGGUACUGGCCUGAAAGAAGAAGACAAAGAUGCUGAGGAGACCACAGAGGAAGAAGAUGAUGGCAACUCCGAAUACGAAGACGAAGCACCGAGAUUCCCUCUCAUGAUAUUUAGCCAUGGCUUGGGUGGCACAAAGACUGCUUAUUCUAGUGUUUGCGGCGAGUUCGCGAGUUAUGGGUUCGUCGUGAUCGCGCUGGAACAUCGAGACGGAAGUGGACCUCGGAGCUUUGUCAACCAACCUGGCAGUGGAGAAAUUGUCUUUGACAAGAACGGACAACGAGAUCCUAAGCAUCAUCACAGAAAGCACAAAGAUACGCACUACGAUGUUAUGGAUUAUGUCUUCCCCAAAGAUAAUGCUUGGGAUACGAGUCCGCACAAUGAAAAGGGAGUCGAUAGAGAGCUUAGAGGGGCUCAGCUGGAUCUACGCUUGGCCGAGAUCGAAGAAGCAUACAAGAUCAUAAACACCAUAAACGCCGGAAACGGCGAGGAAGUCGACAAGAAAAACAUGCGUCGAGAAGGGUACAAGGCUUCGAGUACCCAUGGUCUGGAGGGUGUAGAUUGGGCUGCUUGGAAGGGUAGAGUUGACACAGAGUAUGUCGUUGCUGCUGGUCAUUCUUUUGGCGCGGCAACUGUUGUGGACAUGUUGAGACACGAGAAACGAUUCAAAUGGGUUGCACAAGGCAUCAUCUACGACAUCUGGGGAAGCGGAACCAGGCCAGCAGCUGCCGAAGAUGAAAAGAUCCAAGCGCCUCUACUCGCCAUCAACUCCGAAGCAUUCACCUACUGGCCUUCGAAUUUUGACCUUGUAUCGAAUCUGGUCGAAGAAGCACACCCAUGCCCAGCAUAUCUCAUGACCGUUCGAGGCACGAUACACGUUUCUCAAUCCGACUUCUCCUUGCUAUACCCCAAUGUCUGCUCAAUAUUCCUGAAGGCAAGCGCAAACCCCGAACGAGCUCUGGAUAUCAACGUCAACGCAUCACUGGAAUUCUUGUCAAUGGUUAUGCCGACCAUACCAUACCGCAUCAAGAAGGCUUUCCCCAACGAAGAGCUGCUGCGCACGCAAACACAUCAUCUCGAAGAUAUUCCCACGAUUGACAUGCACAAACCGAAAGACGAAAAGUGGAUGGCCGCUAGGUUGAGAAUCCCGCACGAAUUCACCUGGCGAGUGGCUCCUGGAUUGGCGAGAAAGUUGGCACGGAAGAAGGUAACAGAAGGUGGUGGUUCGCCGGACGAUGAGAUCUGGCUGCAUUGCAAACCGGUAGAGGGAACGGUCGAGAAGUAUAACAGUACGGUGGAGAGACUGAAGGAUAGGAGGAAGUCCAAGGACGCAAAGACAGUACCUGCAUCUGUGGGCCCGAAUGAAGGUGCCAAGCAGGAGCCAGGUUGUAAGGAAUGGAGGAAUUGAUGUUGAAUGCUCAGGGUACAUGCAUAUGGAUGUGUUUAUCAGCAAGCGAUGUGAGAUAUUGUGUAGGUCUCUGUUUCUCAAAGCAUUACGCUUUC